AUGGAAGAAAUAUACAACGUCACGGCCUUAGCACAAGAAAUUAAAGAUGCUGGUCAAACCUACUUUGACAUUAUAAGCGAAAAAACAACAUAUAGAUUAGAAAAUUUCCCAGAAGAUCAAUCAGAAAAUCUAUUUAUACCAUUUAAUCAAGUAUCAGCAAAUCCCAAUUAUGUUCAAGAUUCAACAACAACAAAAAUAACUUUCGCGGAAAUGAUUCCGCACUUAUAUUCAUCAACAACUGAUAUGGAUUCAGAUGCAACAGACGCCCAAACAAUUAAAACAAAUUCAAAUAAUUAUUAUACAUUAAUAAAAAAUACCGAUACUUCCGAACAUGAUUAUGGAAUACCAACAAAUGCUUUACAAGGAGGAUUUUUCGCGAUUUUAUUCAAUGUAGUAGAAGGAACAACAACAAGAGAAGAAGUAACAAUAUCAAUGAAAACGCCAUCAACAAGUAGUACACCAUUCACUUUAUAUCCAAAUGGAGUGGGAAUUUUCAUUUCAAUAUCCGCCCCAGGAAAUUUACUCUUAUCAAAUUCUCCAACUUCAACUACUCAACAAUCUCAUAAAGAAAUGAAAAUAAGAAUACCAUUUGUAGCCUCACAUUCAGUAAGCUUAUCUCCAGAUAUGUUCGAUACUUCAAUCUUAAAUCUUUAA